AUGGCUUCGCUCGGCUGGAUCGCGGCGGUUUGCGCGGCGCGUGGGCUCUGGCGGCGGGUGGCUUGCACGGCCUCGGGGCUCCGGGACCCGUGCCCGGGGAGGGGCUAUGCCGUAGGCCCAGCUCAGAGCCCGCCCACUUUUGGGUUCCUCUUGGACAUCGAUGGCGUGCUGGUGCGGGGCCACAGGGUUAUCCCCGCCGCUCUGGAGGCGUUCCGCAGGCUGGUGAACUCCCAGGGACAGUUGCGGGUGCCCGUGGUCUUUGUCACGAAUGCUGGGAACAUCUUACAACAUGGCAAAGCCCAGGAGCUGUCAUCCCUCUUUGGGUUCAAGGUGGAUCCCGACCAAGUUAUUCUCUCUCACAGCCCCCUGAAGCUCUUCUCACAGUUCCAUGGGAAGCGGAUGCUAGUGUCUGGGCAGGGACCCCUGGUGGAAAAUGCCCGAGCACUGGGCUUCCAGAAUGUGGUUACUGUGGACGAGCUGCGAACAGCUUUCCCUGUGCUUGACAUGGUUGAUCUCGAGCGGCGGCCGAAGACCACGCCCCUUCUGAGGAAUGACUUCCCAGCCAUUGAAGGAGUGCUCCUUCUUGGGGAGCCUGUCCGCUGGGAGACAAGCCUGCAGCUGAUCAUGGAUGUCCUCCUCAGCAAUGGGAACCCUGGGACUGGUCUGGCGACGGCCCCCUACCCCCAUCUCCCUGUCCUGGCCAGCAACAUGGACCUCCUUUGGAUGGCUGAAGCCAAGAUGCCCAGGUUUGGCCACGGCACCUUUCUCCUGUGCCUGGAGACCAUUUACCGGAAAGUCACGGGCAAAGAACUGAGAUAUGAGGGCCUGAUGGGUAAACCUAGUAUCCUCACUUACCAGUAUGCAGAGGACCUGAUCAGGCAGCAGGCGGAGAGGCGGGGCUGGGCCGCCACCAUCCAGAAACUGUAUGCUGUAGGUGAUAACCCUAUGUCUGAUGUCUACGGUGCCAACCUGUUCCACCAGUACCUGCAGAUGGCAAAGCACCAAGGGACAGGGGAGCUAGGAGCCAGUGGUCUGAGGAAGCAGCAGCCGUCAGCAAGUCAGAGCUGCACCUCCAUCCUCGUGUGCACUGGUGUGUACAGUCCCAAGGACCCGGAGCAAGUGGAGUCUGCCCAGGGCAGAGAGGAGCCUCCAUUCCACGGGCACCGCGACUUCAGCUUCAGUCCAGGGCUUAUGGAGGCGUCCCACAUUGUGAACGACGUGAAUGAGGCUGUGCAGCUGGUUUUCCGCAAGGAGGGUUGGGCUUUGUAGUGAGGGCUGUGCAGUGGAGGCAGGGGGAGCUUGGAGCUGGCGUUGAAUCCUGUUUGCUGGGUUCUCAAGUCAGGGCCUGGUUCCUUUGCCCCUCCCUGCUGCCCCACAAGGGUCAUACUACUGGUCACUUGGAAGAAGACAGUGGCUUUUUUCCUGCUAAGCAGUAGCCAUGGAAAUGUACCCUGAGUGGCAUUUCAGGUGCAACUGCCAGGAUUUCCUGGACCGAAUUCCUGCUCUGCCUCUCCUGGCAGUCUGACCUCAGGCCAAUCCCUUCGCCUCUAUACCUCAGUUUCCUUCCCAUUUCAGUAGGGACUUCUGAAAAGAGGGGAGGUAGUAUGGAAUAAUGUGGAACUUUUUACAGGGCUUCUGCCCACAUUGAAGGAACCACUGCAUGCCAGCAAGGUAUGUAGCUAACACUCAGAUACUGCUUUUUACUGUAUUUUAGUUUAUU